AUAAAUGUGGUGCGGAACGGAGGGGGAGGGAGCCAGUGUAGCUGGGAGCAGUAGGUCCGGCUGUACCAGCAGAGGAUCGCCCGUGGUGCAAGAUGGCAGGUCCAGAGGUUGUGACUCCAGACUCCUCCCAGGACAAAUCCAGCCAUUUCAACGUGGUAUCCUGGUUGAACAGGCUCCUGAAGACAGACUUCGGUGAUGUGCGAGAGAUGAGCUCAGGUGCAUGUCACUGUCAGAUCAUGGACUGCACUUUUCCUGGAUCUGUUGACUUGACCGAAGUAAAAUUUGAUGCACAAAGUGAGGAGGACUUCAAACACAACUUCAGUCUUCUUCAGGAUGCCUUCAGCAAGAAGGGGAUUACAAAGACAAUUCCAGUUGACGAUCUUAUAAAGGGGGAUUUUAAAAGCAACUACGAAUUCUUAAAAUGGUUCAAAGUUUUCCACACAGCAAAUCAUCACAGUGAAGAUUACGACCCAGUGAAAGCACGGAACAGCCAUGAGAUCAGACCAAUAGUGGUAUCUCCCAACACACGAAGCUCUAAAUUGGACUCCAGCUCAAACAAUAACCACGAUCUAAAAGCAACUAAACCAUUUCCUUACACUGAAAUGUGGAAGGAUGAUUUUAAUUGGGCCAAUCCCAGUCCUCUUGGUGAGGAGUAUACUUACUGCUCCUCUUGUCACACCGAUCUUCACACAUUUGAAAAAGGUUACAAUGAGCUUAAGCGACACACAAAGACAAAGAAACAUAAGAAAAAUACUCAAAGUUUGCAGAACGGUGACCUAAAAAGACAAGUCAGUGAGCCGCUGCCUUGUAGUGAUGCUGCUGUUAGUUUCAUUCACAGUCUCUGUUACACUGGAACCUCUAAAGGGGAGGAGGCAGCGAAACAAUUUGUACGCUGUAAGCUGGGGUUGCAGUACCCCACAGAUAUUAAAUCUGUUUGCCAGCACACUCCUUACUGCGUUUACAUCUAUGGAGGGGUAACAGUAGGGAAGAAUGACUCUGUCUCUGUGGUCCUCAUAGGGUAUUUUGAUGUAGAGGCUUCUACUCACCGCAUCCGAUUUCUGGAUGCUCUGCAGUCAGUGGAAGGUCCAGGAGAUCAGACAGCAGCAGCAGUGGUGCAGACCUUGAAGAAAUUCGAUCUGUCCACAGAUAAUCUUGCUGUUGCUGUUUCUUUAAGCAGUAGUGGUGAAGUCUCUGAGCAGAUUUACUCACAUCUCAGGGAGCUCAACCCAAACGUUCUAGCCUUAGGAGGGCUGUACACUGUAGCUGAUGCUGCUUGUCAUGCUGGGGUUAAGGAGCUCUCCAGUCAGGCCCAAGAAUUCAUGGUAGACCUUUAUGCCCACUACACCUCCUGCUUUACCAAGAAUGAUGAUCUUAAGAUGCUCUUCGGCUCAGAUAUAAGUGAGAACAGCAAGCCUUUUUACCUCAACACCAGCUGCYUUAGAUUUAGCCAGUUCAUCACAAAACUGUUGGAGGUGUGGGCAGAUCUAACAUCUCACUUCAACACUUGUCACAAAGACAACGAGCAAGCCAAGUUAAUCUGCUCCCAGCUGAAGGAUCCCAAACUCAAGGCAACAUUUAUGUUCCUGGAGCACGCCUUAACGCCUCUGCAAACUUAUCAACGGGAAACACAGGGGGCUUCCUGGGCCAAAAUGCCACUCAUCCUAGAGAAAGCUAGUACCCUGCUAGAGACGUACACCUCCUACUUUCUUCAGCCCCAUCCUGCAACUCGCUACCUCAAGGAACACAGUACUCAAAUUCUUCAAAAUAAGAAGUUCCAUCUGCCAAGCCAUGACCUCGACCUCGGUGGGAAAGACGUUGAAGAUCUUCUGAAGACGUCCGUGGCUGCAAACAGCCUGACACAGCUAAACAAAGAGGCACUGUUGUUCUACAUUGCACUUACUGCUCGCAUUGCAGAGGAGUUACCUUUGGGUGACUCUGUGCUAAAAAGCAUUGCUCAACUGCUAAAUCCUCAGAACAGACUAAAUAUGACAAAGACAGCAGUGGAGGAGCUUGGAACCAAGCUGGGGGUCUGCAGCUCCCCUGAGGAGGUCGAAGAGCUGAAAAGAGAGCUCCAAGAGUAUCAGCUGGUUGAGGAGAAAGAAGGUGAAGAUGAAGACAAUGUAGCACUGGUUGCCCUAGAGAAGUACUGGACCAAAGUACUUAAAGACACCGAGCCCGACUCAGUCUUCAGGAAGCUUGUUUUGACCCUCUUAUCAUUCCCAUGUCCUCCACUUGAUGCCCAGCAAGUUUUUACUGAGGCUUUACAGAACGGUGACUCUGUGAUCCUUUCUGAGAGUGAAGUCUUAACAGAAAGUGAUGGUGACGUCACGUCUGACAGUCCUCUCAGUGACAGCAACAACCACAAGAAUUCCCAGUAUCACAGUGUUGGAAUAAAUGGUCUCAAUGUAACUUUGAAGCCUUGUGAAGUUCGCCUUUCAAGGAUAAACUAUCCCUGUGAUGUUUUGUCUGGAGGAAAUGGCAUUUGGUGGAAAAAGGGGACCUGUAGGAGAGGUUCUGGCUUGGAGAGCAGCUUACGUCAGAAGCCUCAGGCCCGUACAGUGUUUCAGGCUGGUGUUAGCACCUGGUCCAAACCCAUAGUCUCUGUAAAGGACUGCAAAGAUCAUGAGUCCAGAUAUGAGGUGGAUAACAAAGGAUUCCUGACAGGAGAGCUGGUUUGGGGUAAAGUAAAGGGUUUUUCCUGGUGGCCAGGCAUGGUGGUGGCUUGGAAAUCAAAGUAUUCUCCCCCAGGCAUGCGGAGGGUGGAGUGGUUCGGAGACGGCAUGUUCUCAGAGACCUACACUGACAGACUGCAGCCAUUUAGUGCUUUCACACGAUGCUUCUGCAAAAACUCCUUUACCAGUUUGCCUGUCUACAGAGAAGCCAUCUACCAAAUCAUUGAGUUGGCAGGCAUGCGAUGUGGGAAGUCGUUUGCUCGGGCAGAUGGUGAUAAAGAUCAAGAGCUGAAGUUGAUGGUAGAUUGGGCUUCCGAAGGCUUUCUGCCUACUGGACCUAAGGGAUUUUUACCUUCUGAUACUCAAAGCCCCCCUUCACGUCCAGAUUCUCCUGAAUCCACUGCGUCUGACUAUCAGCCCCCGCCUAAAAGAAAGUAUAACAAUAAAAAUAAGACAGUCACCUCUGCCACCAGCUACAGCAGAGAAUCUUUAAUAGAAAAGAUCAAAGAGACAAGCAAAACAAUUGAAGAUUUUUGCUUGUCUUGUGCGUCACCUGAGAUUGAUGUGCCACAUCCGUUGUUUGAAGGUGGUUUGUGUCCUAAAUGCAAGGUGAACUUCUCAGAGACACUGUACCGAUAYGAUGACGAUGGAUAUCAGUCAUAUUGUACCGUGUGCUGUGCAGGAUCUGAGGUCAUUCUGUGCAGCAAUAACAGCUGCUGCAGGUGUUUCUGUAAGGACUGUCUUAACAUCCUGGUGGCUGAAGAAACCUUUGACAAACUAAAAGAGGUUGAUCCCUGGAACUGCUACAUGUGCGACCCGGAGAAGUGUGAAGGAAACCUUAAACUGAGAUCAGACUGGAACGUCAAGGUUCAAGAAUUUUUUGCCAACAACAGCUCCAUGGAGUUUGAACCUCACAGAAUUUACCCGUCUGUCCCAGCUGAUAAGCGCAGACCACUCAGGGUGAUCUCCCUUUUUGAUGGUAUUGCAACAGGAUAUUUGGUGCUGAAAGAACUCGGCUUCAAGAUUGAGAGAUACAUUGCUUCUGAGAUUUGUGACAACUCAAUCACCGUGGGAAUGAUCAAGCAUGGAGGGAAGAUUGAAUACGUCAACGAUGUUCGCGCCAUCACAAGGAAACAUCUGGCUGAAUGGGGUCCUUUUGAUCUCCUGAUUGGAGGCAGUCCCUGUAACGACCUGUCCAUGGUCAACCCUCUACGUAAAGGAUUAUUUGAGGGCACUGGGAGACUUUUUUUUGAAUAUUACCGCAUACUGAACAUUUUGAAGCCAAGGGAGGACGACAACCGCCCGUUCUUCUGGUUGUUUGAGAACGUGGUUUUCAUGAGUGCCCAUGACAAAUCUGACAUCUGCCGGUUCCUGGAGAGUAAUCCCGUUCUUAUUGAUGCUGUGAAAGUCAGCCCUGCUCAUAGAGCACGCUACUAUUGGGGCAACAUUCCAGGCAUGAAGAGACCUGUUACUACGUCACUUAGUGACAAAGUCGUUCUCCAGGACUGUUUGGAAAUUGGGCGCAAAGCUGUGGUUGACAAGGUUCGCACAAUCACAACAAAGUUAGACUGCGUACGUCAUAGGAAGACGGGGAGUCUUCCUGUCACCAUGAAUGGGAAGGAGGACAAUCUGUGGUCCUCAGAAAUGGAACUGAUCUUUGGCUUUCCCAAGCACUACACAGAUGUGAACAACAUGAGCCGGAGCCACAGGCAGCAGCUCCUGGGUAAAUCCUGGAGCGUCCCGGUCAUUCGCCACCUGCUCGCCCCACUGAAGGAUUACUUUGAGUGUGAAUCAGGACAGUGAUGUGAACCUUUACAUCACGGCUCGUCCUUCCUUACCUUCAGAGUUCUUAAAAAAAAACCUCACUCAGCAUUUUAGAUUUUAGCUCUUUUAAUCAUGUUUGUCUGUUGAUCAUGUUCGUCCACCACUCGCAGAUUGUGGUCUUUUUUUUUUUUAGUGAUGUUGGUGUGAUGCUGACAAUGGUGCUAAACACAGAUCUGUGUCACAAAGUGGGAGAAGUUUAACUCUAACCAUACUCAGGWUUUAAAUUUCURAUUCAUGUUUACAAUCAUGAAAAAGUGAAAUAGAAGCUUCACCUCUCAGCUCAGCAAGUAUUUGAUGCUUUUAGUUUCAAAUAAAAUGCAGCAAAAAUAGGUCUUGUUGAUCAGCAGUGUACUGUAGUGUCAGCUCGAUAAAACAUAGUGUUAUAUGCACACUUGCUUGACUUUUUAACUAAACUUAGCACAAAACGUAAGAAAUUAGUGUUUGGUAGAUUGUUUCUUUAUUGUAACAAUGCUUCUUGGCAAUAACUCUUAUACCCUUAGAAAGCCUGCUAAUUUCCUUUUUAAAUGGUGCCACAUUUAUAAGGAUCAUGCCUUUGUGGGAUGAGUAGUAGAGCUGAGUGUGUGGGUUGUGCCAAACAGUUUAUUUUGUUGUUAUUGACUCUUGUUUUGAGCUUCUGGUGCCUCCAGGUGCUGCCAAUCAGCUGCCUGUGAGCUGAAAGUGAGGGCUGAACUGACAUUCAUCAGGUCUUAAAAACACAACUUUAAAUGAAGUUGUGUUUAUCUGGAUAUCUAACUGGUGCAGCAGGUUGUUUCAGUUCCAGGUGAUAUUUCAGAUUUCUUGUUCCAAGUGGAUAAAAAUCACUCAUUGCAGUCUUUAUUCAUUGACUUCAUAAAUUGUAGGUAUAAUUUAUCUGCUAUCAUAAAAGAAAGGUUUUAAAAAGGGUUAGAACCAGCUGAACAAAAAGAGCCACUCCCCUCACUUUGUGAAACAGUAUCUAACCUCCAUCUUUACACUGAUUUAAACAUAUUUCCAAAUAUUUGCUCAUUUUUAAACACCUGACCUGUUUUACAUUGUUUGCUUGAGACUUUCUAAUCUUUAAGUUUGUUGGGAUUCUGCUCCUCCUGAUUCGAUCGUCAUUUGUGAUUCAUUUGAAUGUUUUUACCUCCUGAUGACACUUUUUAAUCUUUUUUACUACUUUACUAUCCAAAUUGCUUUUAUUUCACUGAUGAAGCAGUACUUUUACCUAAAAUGGCCUUAUUAAGUUUAAAACUGGUCACAUUUUAUAACUCAAGGGCUGAAACAUUUUGGUUUUGACUCAUUUGUGACAUUUGAAGCUUUUUUAAUACAUAUUUAGUAGAUAUUUAGUUGUGAACCCAUGUGUCACAAAACAAGACACAUUUUUUUACAAGUUGUACUGUGACUGUUACAAUUUUUACCCAAAGGUUUUUUUUUUAUCUUUGUGGGUUCUUUUGUGAAAACUAAGUGCUCUGUAACAAAUAUUUUACAAAAAGCAAAGGAAUAAAUAGAAGCCAUGAGAAGAAAAAGGGAAUAACAAAAGAAAAAAGGUUUCAGAGCUGUAGAAAGUAUUCUUACAAUAAAAAAGAGGAACGAGUUAGUCUUGAGUAUUAAAGAUUCCUCAUCAUCUGUUUUUUUAACACUUUUUAAUCAUGUUGCUUUCAGUCGUAAACAAAGCAGCAAUCUUGGUUUGAAUUAUUUUUACACUUUGUCCUCUUUAUAUUGGAUGUAGAAGUCACUGAAUGUUGAGUUUGUUUUAGUUUGAGGUAAAUUACAGAUGGAAUUUGGAUGACUGUGAAACCUGACCGCUUUUGAACCAAAAGCAUUAAAAGCUUUGAUUAACCUGUGAAUAAAUUCCUGCAAACAAAUUAGAAAAUAAGCAUAGAGCUGCAAAGUAAGCCUUUAAAAAUGGGUCAGUUGAGAUUUUAUUGCUCUUUUUUUCCUCAAAGUUUAGCAAAAUAAAAAUAUAAUUAGUUAGUUUUUAAAAAGUUGUAUUUUACUACUGUUAUUUUAGUUUUUCUUUGAUUUAUUAGGCUUAUUUCUCCUGUUUUUUCCUGAUAUUUUCAUCACGUAUAAAUCUUGAUCAUUCACUGUAAGCUAAAAUACUAAAAAAAUAUUUCUUACAUGCCUUUUUUUUUUUACUAAUUAGUUUUUUUAGUUUUUAACUAGUUUUAUAUUUGAAAGGUAGAAAUGAAAAUGACACGAAUCAAGUACUGGAUAGCCAAUCAUGACUGAACAUCAAGAACUCAGCCAACAGGCUUUGGACACAUUUUUAGUAUUUUUUUCCACUUGAACAGGUUUUAAUGUUGAUUUUUUUUUUAGAACAGUAAACAAUGAAAUUAUUAUCUUUGCUGCGAAAAUUUGUGGAUUUCAGAUUUUGUUUAAUGUUGACACCACCAGAUUUGAUUGUUACUUUUUACUUUAGGAAACUUCUGUCACUAUCAGCAGUUUAUCCAGGAAGCUGUGGCCUCAUUGAUUAUUCAUUAAACUAGUUCAGUGUAGAAGGUCCAGGAUUUAUGGUUCUUAUUUAGGUUAGAUAUCAUUUGUUUUGUUUUUGACAACAGCUGUUUUAGAAAAAAAUAAUGUUCUAAAAAGAUCUGAUGUCACUUCAUUAUGUGACGGUGCUGUUGGUGCUGAUUUUGCAUGUUUGUUCACUGUUUGUACUUCUGAUUUAAACAGACGCAUCUGAAAAACUCAUUCUGUAGGUUUUUGUUUUGCAGUGUUUUUAUCAGAAGUUUGUAGGAAACCUGUUUAAUUUCAUGUUAAAUAUCAAAAGACAAUAAAUGCCUGUGAUUUAA